UGCGAAAGGUAAGCCACGACCCAACCAACACUCGCCGCCUAGCACCUGCACUAGUUGUCGUCCGUCACAUCCGAUUUCCAGGCAUUGAAAUCCAAUCGUGAUUCAAACAUUCUCGCCCUGCAUCUGACUCGCCGCAGUUCCUCUCGACCCGGGCGGCGAUUCGAGAAGGCCAAGCAAUCGGACCAAAGACCUGCAGGCUGCCACGAGCCAUCGCAAGCCGCCCAGACAGACCCAGACCCCUCCCCUCCGCCCGCCUACACCCCUCACCUUCCUCCCUUGCAACCUGGGGCAGCAGCCUUCCUUCAACCUGGCGUCGAUAUCAAGGAAGCGCAUCUCCUUUCUCUUUCUCUUCUCUUUCCUGUGCUUCGUGCUCUCCAUCGUCAUCCUGUCGACCCCACUCUUCUACCCGCGCUUCUCAGCGCUGCUCUUCCGCUUCCGCAACCACUCGCCCUUCGCUCACAAGCGGCCCCCGAGUGCCGGUCUCUCAACAACCACCAGGUUAACUCUAGCUUCCACGGCGACGAGCCGCCCCACAAAGUCCUACCGUCCCAUCCUCUCGCACCCAACCAGCAUGGCGCUCGACAAGUACAAGACGCCGCCUCAGGCGCCGCCCACCUUCACGGGAACCAAGGACAGCAUCGUCGCUGACUCCAAGGGGCUGUGCGACACCACCCGGGCGUUGCUCGACAAGCUCGUCGCCGAGAUCCCCGUCGAUGAUAAGUCCAAGACGACCUGGAACGCUGUCAUGGAGCCCCAGGCCGAGGACGAGAACCACAGCGCCCUGUCCUCCCGCAUCCUGGGCUUCUACCAGUACGUCAGCGCCGACAGCGCGCUGCGCGACGCCAGCACCGAGGCCGAGAAGAUCAUAGACCAGUUCAGCAUCGAGUGCAGCAUGCGCGAGGACGUCUUCAAGCUCGUCUCUGCCACCUACGAGGCCUAUGGUGGCAAGGACGGUCUAAACACCGCUGCAGGAAUCAGCGGCGAGCAGAAGCGCCUCCUAGACAAGGACCAAAAGGGUUACAUCAAGAACGGUCUCGGCUUGCCUGCCGGCCCUAAGCGUGAUCGCUUCAAGGCCAUCAAGGAGCGCCUCAGCGAGCUGACCAUCAAGUUCCAGAAGAACUUGAACGAAGAGAGCGGCGGCGUCUGGUUCUCGCCCGAGGAGCUCGACGGAGUGCCAAAGGACACCCUGGACACGCUCGAGAAGGGCACAGGAGAGCACGACGGAAAGCUCAAGAUCUCUUUCAAGUACCCCGAGCUGUUCCCCACGCUGAAAUACGCGACCAACGGGGAGACCAGGCGCGCGCUGUUCAUUGCUAGUGAGAAUAAGUGCAACGACAAUAUCCCGCUCUUCCGCGAGGCCGUCCUUCUUCGGGACGAGGCUGCACGCCUGCUAGGCUACCCGGACCAUGCCACGGUACGCAUUGAGGACAAGAUGGCCAAGACCCCCAAGACAGUCAACGACUUCCUGGGCGACCUGCGCAAGCGCUUGGCCCCUGGCGGUGUCAAGGAGAUAGAUCACCUUCUUGAGAUCAAGAUGAAGGACGCCGAGGGACGGGGCGUCAAAUUCGACGACAACUACUAUCUGUGGGACCACCGGUUCUACGACACGCUCAUGAUCAAGGACGAGUACGGCAUCGACGGCAACAAAAUUGCCGAGUACUUUCCUCUGAGCAACACCAUUGCUGGGAUGCUCAAGAUCUUUGAGCACCUCUUUGGGUUCGUCUUCGUGGAGUUGACUCCUGAGGACCGGGCGCGCAUCAGCCCGACUGAGAAGGGCGAAGACAUCGCGUGGCAUGAGGAUGUCAAGAUCUUCAGCGUCUGGGACGACGCGACUGAGGGCGAGGGCUUCGUGGGCUACCUGUACCUGGAUCUGCAUCCAAGGCAGGGCAAGUACGGCCACGCGGCCAACUUCAACCUCCAGCCAGGCUUCGUGAAGAAGGACGGGUCGCGUCGCUACCCAGCGACCGCGCUGGUCUGCAACUUCAGCAAGCCAACCGCAACCAAGCCUAGCCUGCUGAAGCACGACGAGGUCGUGACUCUGUUCCACGAGCUAGGCCACGGCAUCCACGACCUGGCCGGCCGCACCCAUUACAGCCGCUUCCACGGCACGUCGACCGUCCGCGAUUUCGUUGAGGCACCCAGCCAGAUGCUUGAGAACUGGUGCUGGACUCCCUCGCAGAUCAAGUCCCUCUCGAAGCACUACGAGACCGGCCAGCCAAUCCCUGACGACCUGAUCGAGGCACUUAUCAAGACCAAACACGUCAACGCGGCGCUUUUCAACCUGCGUCAGCUCCACUUUGGCAUCUUCGACAUGACUGUCCACACCCCGACGUCUCACGACGAGUUGGAGAAGAUGGAAAUCAGCGGCCUCUACAAUGACCUGCGGGCCCAGAUCAGCGGCAUCAAGGGGCCUGAGGCGCUAGGUGAACCGAGCACCUGGGGCCAUGGCCAGGCCUGCUUCGGUCACUUGAUCGGAGGCUACGACGCCGGCUACUACGGCUACCUGUCUUCGCUUGUCUACUCCACCGACAUGUUCUACAGUGUCUUCCGCAAGGACCCCAUGAACGGCAAGGAGGGAAGGCGGUACCGCCACACGGUCUUGGAGAAGGGCGGAUCCCAGGAGGAGAUGGAGACGUUGAAGCAGUUCCUCGGCCGCGAACCCAGCACUGAGGCGUUCUACCAGGAGCUUGGCCUGGGCGGUGACUCUCAGAAACUUUGAAAGCCGAAAUACCCAGUCUAGAAACACUGGACAUUUCUCGAGCACGUAGAAAACAUCAUCUAGCACGUAAAACGUGGGGCUUACAGUGCAUUACAAUACAGCAUCCAACACUUGCACUUCACAACGCCUACCCCAGAACGCCUAAUAACGCCGACGCGAAAGCAGUGGAGUCUUACAGGUCCCAAAGAUCAAGUAAAAUUGUUGCAGCCUCCUCUUCGAUAAAUCACCACUAGAAAAGUCCCUCCAAGGCCUUCGCCCAUUUCUGGAAUCCCACCCACAGAAACCAUCUCCCGUACUUGAGUUUGACCUGGGUCUCUCGCCGAUGCCUGAUUGCCUUAAUCGCUCGCCCGCACGUUCGCCCCCGUUUGCUCCUCUGACCUGGCCUGCCCUUUUCAUCUGUCUCCCGGAAUUGGCGUAUCCUUUUCAAGCUCUGCCG